UUUCACUCAAAUCCAACUUGAAUUCUACCAAAAACGACCAUUUUUGUCUUCCAAGGAAAAUGUUACAUCGCCGCCGGGCUCUGUCUGACGUAGAAUAGUCUAUAUUAUGUUCAUCUAAAUCAUCUCUUAGAUCUGUCUUUGUUUUUACCGUCGCUUAUUCUAUUCUUCUCUCACAAUGGCCACUGGAGUUAACAGAAAAAUUUCUGCAGCAUCAGCUCGUUCUCACACCAGGAGGGCUAACAAAUCCUCCUCUUUUCAGCUUCCUUUUGGGAUACUUAAAACAACAUUAGCAGUGUUGUUUAUUGGGUUUCUAGCAUGGGCUUAUCAAGCAACUCAACCUCCUCCUCCCAACAUAUGUGGCUCUCCUGAUGGACCACCUAUAACCGCGCCAAGAAUCAAACUAAGAGAUGGAAGGCAUUUGGCAUACAAAGAGCACGGUGUUCCUAAAGCCGAAGCAAAGUAUAAAAUCAUCUCUGUUCAUGGUUUUACCAGUUGCAGGCAUGACACAGUGGUGGCCGACACCCUAUCACCCGAUUUUGUUAAGGACUUGGGGAUCUACAUUGUAUCUUUUGAUAGACCUGGUUACGGUGAGAGCGAUCCCGAUCCAAACCGUACGUUAAAGAGCAUUGCUUUGGAUGUAGAAGAGCUUGCUGAUCAGCUAGGAUUAGGGUCUAAAUUUUACGUGGUCGGUGUUUCCAUGGGUGGACAAGUUGUUUGGAACUGUCUUAAGCACAUACCUAACAGGCUAGCAGGUGCAGCGCUCUUAGCGCCAGUCAUCAAUUUCUGGUGGCAUGAUCUUCCUGCAAACUUAAGCGCUGAAGCCUAUAGCCAAUAUAAAUUACGUGACCAAUGGGCUAUUCGUGUUGCACACUACACACCAUGGCUAACGUACUGGUGGAACACUCAAAAAUGGUUCCCAAUUUGUAGUGCGAUUUCUCGUAGUCUUGAUAUCCUUUCAAAACAAGACAAAGUGCUUUUAACUAAGUUGAUGGAUGAUAAAGAUAAUUAUGUGGCACAGGUAAGACAGCAAGGCGAAUAUGAAAGCGUCCACCGCGACUUAAACAUUGGAUUCGGGAGCUGGGAGUAUACUCCUUUAGACAUUCAAAAUCCAUUUCCAAACAACGAAGGUUCCGUUCAUCUUUGGCAAGGAGACGAGGAUAUUCUUGUUCCCGUUACGCUACAACGAUACAUUGUGCAAAACCUUCCGUGGAUUCACUACCACGAACUUCCAGGUUCUGGCCACCUCUUCCCUCAUGCCGAUGGAGUGAGUGAAACUAUCCUUAAGUCGCUUUUAGGUGUGAAGUAGGCUUCUGUAUUGGUCGCUGGCUAUCUGUGGUCAGCUUCGGCAUUUGUUAUUUCCCUUUCGGAGAAUUGAAACUGAAGUUCAUACAUUACAUUUAUAUUUGAGAAACUUCGAGCAACGUUGGAUGCAAGAUGAAUACAAUUACUUCUUGAUGAUUAAAUAUGCCAGAUUUUCUUUUCGAUUUUUGAUUUAACAGAAGGUGUGAUGUUUUGUUUUUAAUAAUCUGUAUUUGGUAUAGCUUAUAACUAUUACAUACAUGAAUGCAUUUGGUGGUGGAUUCUAAAUUAGUAUAAUUUAUGAAUCUUUUUAUCUUUAUCCAAAAA